GAAAUAAUAUAUAGGUAGGUGAUUUUUAAUAUUAUAUAUUUAUAUUCCAAGAUUAAGAAAACUGCAAUUUAUAUGAGUCUUCUACAAUGUUUAGAUUUUCUAACCAAAUCCGUGACGAAUCGAAACAUAUUUUUGAUAUGUAAUUCAUCGCGAUGAUAAUUACAUAUAGCGGGCACUUAGUUUAAUGUACUGAUUGCAUACAUUGUCAUUGACAUUUGUGAAGAAUACUCAGCCUUCUUAUGCUGGGAAAAGAACAUUGCUACGAAUUGGAAGAUUCAUUCAGACUGACUGGUUCACAACAUCGUUCAUGUUGUUAAACGUCCAUGCACCUUGCGCAGUCUGAAGUAUAUAUUCGGGUUUCGUAUCAGCCAUGUUGAACACAAGCCGACAAUAUCGAUUCAGUCUUCUGCCGUAGGAAAGAUUUUUCGUCAAUCAUCAAACAUAAUUUGCUGGAUAUAUUUGCCAACUGUUUACUGUUUCUCAGCCUCAGUAACCAUAUAUUCAGGUGUCUCCUGCUGAGAGUCGUGAGAAAUAAGCUUUGAUAUAUAGACGGAAGAAAUCACACACAAUCUAAUUGAGAAAUCAAUUUGUCGAUACCGUUAAAUGUGUAUCUUUAAACAAGUUUAUCGUUAUGACUUAGCACUAGACGGCAAUCUCUGCCUCCUCAUAUAGUUCCAGUAGUUAGUCAGAAUAGCAAGAAUCAUGCAUAUUCUACAAUAGGUACAUAUGAAAUUUAUGAAUCGAUACCUUGAUGCACUUAUAUAUAUGCCUUACCUGUUCCCAUACUAGCCAUGUGGUUCUUUCUCCAAAAUGUACUGUGGUAUAGACUAGUAGUAUUAGAUAGGUUAUGGGGAUAUUUACGGCUAUCAGGCAACAAUAUUGUUAUGGACGGAGGGCCAGUGGUGGAGUUACGCCAUCAGUGUACUAGCCGCAACCGCACUUAUAUUUAUUCAACAUGGCGUCGAACCAAUGACUCCAAAGUUUUAAAUGGCCAAUGAACUUGAAUAGGAAUGCUUUUACGUUUUUUCACUUUCGCAUUGGUAGCUUCAAUCAAACACAGUUUUGCAGACCAAAAUUGUACAGAUUUUGAUUUCGUCCAAAGUUCUCCAAAAAAUGAGGACAAUCACACGAAUUACAUUGGCAAAGCAUGGAGUAUUGACUGCCGAAUCAAAGGCAAUUCUUCCACGGCUGAGGUUAGACUAUACCAGGAUGGUGUGCUCAGGAGACCCGAUGGUCGUGUUUUGAAAGUUAAGGAACAGAUAUAUUCGUUGUUGAGUGAAAAUAAUUCUGACAUUGGCGAAUAUUCUUGCCAAUACUGCAAUAGGAGUAAAAUCGUUGGAAAGAUUACUGCAGAUACGGCAAAACGGCGUCCAACAAUAUACCCUAAUGAACAGAAACCUAUAAAUUCCGGGGAAAGUAUAACCUACUCGUGUCAAGUGGAAGGUGUCUAUGACAUGUACUGGUAUAGAGUGGCACGUAAUGGUACUAAAAAGUUAAUGAAUAGUGUAGAUGAGUCACUUUGGAAGAAUGAUUUCAGGUUUACUCGCCGUCGACUUACAAUACACAAUUUUACUGAAGAAGAUGAAGACAUGUAUAUGUGUUUUAUCAAAAGAUCGACGAAUAAAUAUGUCGCCGAAAAAGAAAUGUUUCUUGCCGUGAGAGAUUCUUCAAAAGAUAUGCAUAUACCAGUCCACUGGUAUUAUACUUCAUUCAGAAAAAGAGAAAUUAAUGGUCAUGUUUUUCUUACCAUACUGCAUGUGUAUGCCUGCCAUUUACCCUUGGUUGCAAAUCUUAUCGUUUUGGAACCUGUUAAAGGCAUUGUGUGGGGAAAAAAUUUCACAAUCGGCCAGUCAAAACCGAUAAAAUUAGGACAGAACUCCAGCUUUGGCGUGACUGUAGAAAUGCACAGCCAUGAUCAUGGGAGAUAUAAAGACCGUUUGCAUAUUAAGGCUCUUUUACACAAUAUUAAUGCGAGAGUUUCUCAUUCCUCAAUCAAAAUUAUGGACCAAAAGUUUAUCAUAACAACAGCAAAGUGUGACAAAAGAGAAAAAUGCUACAACACAACAUUAAACAACCUGGUGUGUCCACGAUAUCUGGAUAGUUUAGAAGAAAAGCUAAAUGCGACGUUCAUUCUCACCCUACGAGAUCCUUGCAAGGAAAUAUUCAAUCUUCAGAUUUAUAAUAGAAGUCAGUCAGCUACAAACCGCUCUCUAUUGGAUGCGGAGUUCGAUCAGAACCAUACACAUGUCAAGAUGAACUUGACGGGAUAUAAUAAGGAAAUUGAUAGGUUUGCAAUUCAAGGAAAAGCGAAAUUCUCAGAAUGGAACCUAAGACUACAAGUUAAGAAACUUUCUUCCACCACAAAAAGAGUUAAGCUUUUUUUGGAGAUGCCCAAAGUGAGGUUGGCGGGUCAUUCUAUUAUCAUGGAGGGAGAUUACCACCUAAAUUGCCCUUCAAAAGGUGAGUCAGAUGUAAAAGACCAAACAAAGGUUAUUGUUUUUAUAUCCAUUUCCCUCAUUAUUCUUGGUUUGGUAAUAUUCAUUGGUGUAUGUCUCUACCGAAAGUUCAGUGGCCGUCCCAGAGAUGAACCUCUACUCAACUCAAUGGAAGUGGAACCUGAAGUAUAUAAAUUGUAAUCGAAGCUUCUCAAACAAAUACUAAGACAGACACACGUUUAUCAAAAUCUCUUUUACAUUUGUGUAUAGUCUAAAGUUGGUGGUGGCCCGUGAACAUUGACACAAACAAUAUCCUGACUGUAUAGAGCACAAAAAUCCUAAUAAUAUAACAGCCACUGUCAUGUCACCGACUGGAAAUUUGUAGCAUGAAAUAAAAAUCUUGAUAAAAAAAUAAAAACGAAUUUGUA